AGCAAGUUGACAUUUGUUCUUUGAAAUCGUAUGAAGUGGAAAUUCUAAUUAUUUGUUGUCAUAUUUACCUUGAAGUCUUAGUCAGCUCUUAUUGUCAUUGUCAAAUAUGUUCGCUGGGAUUUCUUCCAAUAACACGCAAGAUCAUAAUCGACCAGAGCUGUAUGAAGAGGUAAAAUUAUACACCAAUGCCCGAGAGAGGGAAAAGUAUGAUAAUCUUGGCGAAUUAUAUGCUGUAAUCAACACCUUACAGUGCCUUGAGAAAAUGUACAUAAAGGAUGUUGUUCCCCCAAAAGAAUACACAGCCUGGUGCAGUAAACUUUUGGUUCAGUAUAAAGCAGCAUUCAAACUGGUUCAGUGUGAUGAAUAUCCUACAGUUGAAGCAUUUGUGAAGAAGUACAAGCUUGAUUGUCCUGCAGCAUUAGAUCGCAUUAGAGAGGAUCGGCCCAUAACUAUCAAGGAUGACAAAGGCAAUACUAGCAAAUGUAUUGCAGAUAUUGUAUCUUUGUUCAUCACAGUGAUGGAUAAACUACGCUUAGGAAUAAAUGCUAAUGACGAGCUGCAGCCUGACUUGAAGGAUCUCCAAGAGAACAUGACCCGCUUAUCGGUCAUACCUCAGGACUUUGAAGGACGUGCUAAAGUUAGAGAAUGGAUUGGAACACUAGAAGGUAUGACUGCAGAUGAAACACUGUCCGAAACGCAAGUAAGACAGAUGAUAUUUGACCUUGAAUCAGCUUACAAUGCAUUUAACAGACUUCUCCAACAUACAUAAACUAGUUAUUUCAUCCUCAUUUCUCAUAUCCAGUGUUUAUAUUAUCACUGUAAGAGUAAUUAGACUUUUUUUUUUUAAGCUAUAUAAGUGUACACAGUCGACUAAGGGUACUAUAAAGUUAUCACAAUAGCCUUUGUUAUUAAACGUAGGCUUAUAAAUAAUUACGGUAUGUAUUAAAAAUUAAGCUAUUCUUCCAACAAAAAUGAAUUUUAGCAUAUGCCCAGA